AGGUGAGCGCUGAGGUGGGAUUGGAAGAGGGUGGCUAGGAGGGGCCCUACUUUCUACCCACUCCUAGCCCCCUUUCUCAGGACACCGCCUCUCUUCCCACCCUCCCUGUCCACCUCCUCCAGGCAGGCUUAUACCCCAGCUGAUGCUUUUGGGCAACAUAUCCUGUCCCUGAGAGUUUAGAGGUCAUCUGUUCGCACCCCCUUUCACUCUGGCACCCUGAAACCAGUUACCUAACCUCUCUGUGCCUUAUUUUUCACAUUUAUAAAAUGGGGGUUCCAACAGGAACUCAUUCUUAGGGAAGCUAUGGGGAUUAAAGGAGAAUGCGGUUCUGCUGCAACCACAUGGGGAUAGCCAGUGUUCCCUGUCUGUUGCCUUUUUAAAUUGGGGAAUGGGUAUAAUAUAGCAUUUAUAUCAUGGGGCUGUUGAGAGGAUUAAACAAGCAUGGAAAGCUUUCAGAAAAGUAAGCAGGUGGUCAGUAUGGGUGGGACAUGGUCUCACAGCCAGGUCUGUCUGACUCCAGGCCCAGUGCUUCCUCCCAGGAGCCAGAGAGCGAAAUCAUGGAGCCUUCCAAGACCUUCAUGAGAAACCCGCCAAUCACACCAGGCUACAGCGGCUUUGUGCCGUUCCUCAGCUGCCAAGGAAUGUCCAAGGAGGAUGACAUGAACCACUGUGUGAAAACCUUCCAGGAGAAAACACAGCGCUAUAAAGACCAGCUGCGGGAAUUGUGCUGCGCAGUGGCCACUGCCCCGAAACUGAAACCUGUCAACUCCGAGGAGACGGUCCUGCAGGCCCUGCACCAGUACAAUCUGCAGUACCACCCCCUGAUCCUGGAAUGCAAAUAUGUAAAGAAACCUCUCCAGGAGCCCCCGAUCCCUGGCUGGGCAGGCUACCUGCCGAGAGCCAAGGUCACUGAAUUUGGCUGUGGCACGAGAUACACUGUCAUGGCCAAAAACUGCUACAAGGACUUCCUGGAGAUCACGGAGAGGGCCAAGAAGGCACAUCUGAAACCAUAUGAAGAAAUAUACGGAGUUAGCUCCACAAAAACUUCUGCUCCGUCUCCAAAAGUUUUGCAGCAUGAAGAGCUGCUGCCAAAAUAUCCCGAUUUUUCUAUUCCAGAUGGAAGCUGCCCUGCCCUUGGAAGGCCCCUGAGAGAGGACCCCAAAACUCCGCUGACAUGUGGCUGUGCUCAGAGGCCAAGUAUACCAUGCAGUGGGAAGAUGUAUCUAGAACCACUGUCCUCCGCAAAGUAUGCAGAAGGCUAGAAGCGCAGAGUCUCCCAAGGAGGGACAUAGUUCAAGCCGUAACACUGGAUAACAUCAUCUUGCCACCAGCAGGCACCCUGACCUCCCUCAGCAACCAUCCGUAUGCAGAAGAAAUAACAGCUCCUGGGACAAUGAGACCGUUGUCAUCCACUCAGAUAUGUGCAGAGCCACACAAGGCAGCAAGCUGGGCCUGGGAGGUUUUUUCCAAGGCAAGAAUUUUCACCUGGACAUCCUGGGCUCCCAUGAUUCCAUGGGUAGAAGUCAGAAGGUCAGAGAACUUUGAUGAGAAAAAAAGUUACAUCAUUGUUUUCACUAACCUCCAGGCGAAAUUUAGUAUUUCCUUCCUUGAUGAAUGCAAGCAACAAACCACUGCAGGACCUGUCACCUUGGCCUGAGAGCAGUCACAGAUGUUUUUGUAUCAUGUGGCUCUCGCUGCAAACAGCUGGAAUGAUGUUAAAGCUCAUCGCUGCAAACAGCUGGAAUGAUGUUAAAGCUCAUCUCUGUAAUCGUGGUGGUUAUUACAGUGACUAUAUCUACUCUCUCACAUGUUGCUAUUCAAUAUAAGAAUAAAGAAAUGGCUGUUUUAUAAA